AUGGCCGACUAUCAGCGCGACCGUAUGCCGCCACCGAGGCAGCCGCAGCAACAGCAGCAGCAGCAACGGCCCCAGCAGUAUGAUAACGACUACCAACGGGAUGCUGCCUUUUCCAGCAUCUUCGGCGCCGCUCCUCCACCCGGCCGCUCGCAGACCAUGACCUCGUCAGUGCCGCCGCCUCAGUUCAGUCAAGAUGGGCGCACCAAUACAAUGUCCUCAACGACCUCGGGCAUGUCUGAGAUGCACAGAGCGCCACCCCCGCGGCCGCCGCCAGGCGGUGACUACCGCAACCAAUAUCCCCCUCCCCGGCCGCGCCCGAACGACGGUGGCCAAGGAUACGGCUACCAUCCGGGCCAACAACGCGCAGCAUCGGGCGGACAACAAGUGCCAUCACCCCAAUAUAUGCAGCAGCAGCAGCAGCAACGGCGGCCAUAUCCCGGCAGCCCGCCCGCUCAGCAACCGGGGCCGCCACGCUUCGACCCUCGACGAGGACCACCGCCAGCCCAAGGCUACUAUGACAACAAUGUCCAGCGUACUCCAACACAACGUUUUUAUCAGGAUGGAAGACCCCCGCCCGCUAUGAACGCAGACCCAUACCGGUCUCAGUCUCUAGCCAGCUACCCGAGACCACAAAUGUACCAGCAGUCUCCUCCACAGCCGUACCAACAACAGCAGCAGCAGAGUCAACAGCCACCAGCCAACGCCAUGCGGAAUGCUCAGUAUGCUCAACAGUCUGCUCGGACAACAGCCCAUGGCCGAAUUGUCCCCGAUCGACAUAUGGAAGACCGGUCAAUGACUAUGACUGGGUAUCCUUCGCACGACCGAGACUCACACCAGACCAUGAGCGGCCGUGUCAUUCCCAAUAGGCGACCGGCGGGUGCAAGCCCACCACACCCCGAGUAUGGGAGCAACCAUGCCUCUCCAAACCCAGGGUACGCAGCUGGAUACGGGCCACCUGGUUCUCAGACAAGGACGACGAGCAUGGUUUCAUCGACUGGUAACGACAGCAACAGGACCAUGUCGAUGGCUUCCACAAUAGCCCCCCCUUCGAUAGCGCCGAGCGACAGGACAGACACGCAAACGCUUGUGCAACGCACAUCGAUGAGCAACUCGAUCAACGGCGAACGCCCCCCCACCGCCAAGAUCAGGCCGCCCAUGGUCUAUCCUGCUCUUCUCUUCCGCGUUGCCGAAUGCUUCCGCCAGAAGAUCGUCACCGGUGACCGCACCAAGAACGAGCUUACAUACAAGAAUGCUUUCAGUGGUGCUGAAGCCGUCGACGUUCUCUCGUACAUCAUCAGGACGACAGACAGGAACCUGGCUUUGCUCCUUGGUCGGGCCCUCGAUGCGCAGAAGUUCUUCCACGAUGUAACCUACGAACACCGGUUGCGCGAUUCGACGUAUGAAAUGUACCAGUUCCGGGAGACGAUGACAGAUGAAGCUGAGGAGAAGGAUGCGGUCAACGGCGUCUUCGUUUUGCUCUCUGAGUGCUAUUCCCCGACUUGCACGCGGGACCAGCUCUGCUACUCCAUUGCCUGCCCACGACGACUGGAACAGGUGUCAAGGCUGAACCUCAAGAUGGGCCCUGGUCUCAAGGCCGAAGGGGCGACGCCUGUGAACGACGACGAUGUGGAUCAGACCGACGAACAGAAACUAUGGAUUAACAGCGUGCCCAAGGAGAUCGCCGACAGCAUAAGCGACCGGGAGAAGAAGAGGCAGGAGAUCAUUUCGGAGAUUUGCUACACAGAGAGAGACUUUGUUAAGGAUCUCGAGUACCUCCGGGAUUUCUGGAUUUAUCCGCUCCGGGGAAAAAUCAACGGCCAUUCCCCCAUCCCGGCGGCCAGGAGGGAGAAGGUCGUUCGAAAUAUCUUUACCAACAUUAUCGACGCCCCCAGUAUCCACGGCGUGAGCUCCAGGUUCGCGAGGUCGUUGACCGAGAGGCAACAGAAGAGCCCGGUUGUGAAGAACGUGGGCGAUAUCUUCCUGGAGUUUGUGCCACAGUUCGAGCCCUUCAUCCUGUAUGGUUCGAAGCAGCUCGAAGGCAAAUUCGAGUUUGAGAACGAGCGGUCUUUGAACAAGGAUUUUGCGAGGUUCGUCGACGAAGUCGAGCGGCGCAGAGAGUCCAGGAAGCUGGAGCUCAAUGGUUACCUUACCAAGCCGACGACGAGAUUAGCUCGGUACCCGCUUCUUCUUGAUAACGUGCUUAAAUACACGGAGGACGACAGCCCGGAUAAGGAAGACCUUCCGAAGGUCUUGACCAUGAUCCGAGAUCUGCUGGGCCGGGUCAACGAGGAGUCCGGCAAGGCUGAGAAUCGCUUCAAUCUACGGCGUCUUCACGAGCAGCUCAGGUUCCGCCCGAACGAGAAGGUGGACUUGAAGCUUACCGACGAGGGCCGCGAGCUGGUGUUCAAGGGCCAGUUCAAGAAAACACCUACCGAGAACCCAGAUCUCACUGCAUUCCUGUUUGAUCACGCAGUGCUUCUUGUGCGCAUCAAGCAGGUAGGGAAGACGGAGGAGGUGAAGGCGUACCGUAGGCCCAUUCCAUUGGAACUGCUAUCGAUCAAGGAGAUGGAAGAGGUGAUACCCGACUCCGGUGUGAAGCGCUCAUCGUCCAGCAUCCUCCCCGCUUUGCGUAACACCGGGGGUGAGACAAAGAAGGGCGAAGGCUGGCCCAUAACAUUCCGGCAUCUCGGCAAGAACGGCUACGAGUUGACUCUAUACGCGUCGAACCAGCUGGGCCGGCAGAAGCUCCUCGAGGCCAUUGACAAUGUCCAGCAGCGCCUCAGGGCUCGUGCCGACUUCCUCAACACAACCGUCAUCACGUCCGGCUUCUUCUCCGGCACGAACAAGGUCAAUUGCGUGGCGCCGUUUGACGGCGGUCGCAAGCUCAUCUACGGAACUGACAACGGCAUCUACGUGUCGGAUCGCAGGUCCAAGGAUAAUGCACCACCUAAGCGUGUCAUUGACGUGCCAAGUGUCACCCAGGUCGAUGUUCUCGAGGAGUACUCCUUGCUACUUGUGCUCUCGAACCGCUCGCUCCUGUCGUAUCAGCUCGGUGCCCUGGACCCCAACGAGCCCAUCUCAUCCAAGCGUUCCAAGAAGAUCCAGAGCCAUUGUAACUUCUUCAAGACUGGCAUCUGCCUCGGCCGCCACCUGGUGUGCUGCGUCAAGAGUUCGGCGCUGUCGACAACCAUCAAGGUCUACGAGCCCAACGAUGCCAUGUCGCGCACCAAGAAGCAGAAGGGCCUCAGCAAGAUGUUCAACGCUGGCCAAGACGAGCUCAAGCCUUUCAAGGAGUUUUACAUCCCCACCGAGUCCAGCUCGGUGCACUUCCUCAAGUCCAAACUCUGCGUCGCCUGCGCCCGCGGGUUCGAGGUGGUCUCCCUCGAGACGCUCGAGACGCAGUCUCUGCUCGACCAAGCCGACACCUCACUCGAUUUUGUGUCCCGCAAAGAAGGCGUCAAGCCCAUCCACAUCGAGCGUCUCAACGGCGAGUUCCUGCUCAACUACUCGGACUUCUCCUUCUUCGUUAACCGCAACGGCUGGCGCGCGAGGCCCGAGUGGCGGCUCGACUGGGAGGGCACGCCGCAGGCCUUUGCCCUGUCAUACCCCUGGAUCCUGGCGUUUGAGCCCAACUUCAUCGAACUCCGGCAUAUUGAGAAUCUGGCGGUCCAUAUUGUGCCGCACCGGAAUAUUCGCAUGCUGCACAGCAGCACGCACGAGAUUUUGUUUGCGUAUGAAGAUGAGCGCGGCGAGGAUGUCAUCGUGGCCAUUGAUUUCUGGAAGAGCCAACGGAAAUCGGAGAUGCCUCUCCUUCCCAACCCGGCCUCGCCGCCGAGUACCUCGCAGGGCUCGUCACGACUGGGCUCGGGGAUGUGA